GCACUUCAGACGGCGGUCGUUUCCGACCUUUACCGACUGUUAUUACGUAGAAUUCUUUUGAACUUUGAACAGCCGUACAUACAUCACAUUUUCCAAGAGUCGACUCAGACUGCAAAAGAUCCUCAAAAUGUCCACACCGCCUAAGCUCCAGAUGAGCGAUAUUCCGCAGGAGCUAAUCGACCAGCUCAAGGACCUGGUGCGCCUUGAGCUCAAGCAGGAGAUCAAGCAGGAGAUCAAGCAGGAGGUCAUGGAGGAGGUGCGCGUGGAGCUGCAAAAGAAGGAGCCUCCGCGCGACGUCCUUGUGGAGGCUCUGGGGGCCUUGUAUGCUUUAAUAAUGAGGACAAGCUCGAGGGCGCACGCUAAGCAAGAGUGAGCGCUGGCUGGAUGUGCUGGCGGGGCCGGCGCUAUCUUUCGUCCUCUCGGCUGUCCUGCUGCUGAUGCCCGUCGUCAAGCGGUUGGUGAAGGGUUUGGGCUGGCAAAACUGAUGGGAACUGGUGGCGGAAUUGAUGGGGUAAGCUUGCAAAUAAGUGGAAUGAGGAGAACAUAACAUACCUGAAUUCCUAUGCACUCUGAACUCAUGCAUUUGAGUCAUGAGAUUGAGUACUUUGGAUGCCUAUAUAGAUUGAUCAUGCACACGUGGCCUGGCAUCUGAAGGGAUAUGGUGCCUCGGUGGACACUGGACAGGGGUAUGAUGCUGCAAAACAGCAUGACACAGUACUAGGAACUGUAUUUUCAAGAAGCAGUUGUCUUCAUUCUGCGCAAAGCAACGCGCUUCUUCCACCAUGUGAAUCAGGGUUGUAGUGAAGACCAAGGUUGUGUACAAAGUUAGUUAGCGCGUUUGUGGUUGUUUGUGUGUGGUGAGGCAGGGGUGUCCGGUGGAAACUGGCAGGCCAUGCAGGGCUACAACAAUUUCAGUUUUGUCACCGAACGUGGAGUCUGAGAUGAGAGGGAGGCCUAGGCAUACGCAUUAGUACCGGUAGUGUGAGAUGCGAACACAACGCAACCAAUGCGCGACAAGGAGCAUGAAGAACGCAAGCCAACACCUGUCUGCCUUGAGUUUGCAUUGGUUACCUGCCUUGAGGUCAUCAGUGCAAGAAGCUUGGGACUUAUGUAAAACAAGGCAGUA